UUUCAUUCUCUUUUUUACAAGCACAGACUCGGCCAAUGAGCUCAUUAUGGUUUCGUCGGUUUUAGCGCAACGCAUCCAAGCGCAAGCAUCGGAAUACCUCGAGCUAUCCCAAACUCUUGUCAGACAACACGAAACCAGAAUAGCUUUAGAAAACGCCACCAAUGAAAUCGCCAAUUUGACGCAACGCAUACAAGCGAAACAGCUGGAGCUGGAAGUGUUAUCAAAGAAUUCAAAAAAGGAAUGGGAGGAUGUGCGUAAAAUGCGACAUUUAACGUUGAAAUCGGCCGCGGCGAUGCUGAAGGGGAAGAAAAGUCAAAAACUUGCCAAAGAAGAAGCCGAGUAUCAGCGAUCAUUUGAACUGGAGCAAAGAGCUAAACUAGAAUUGGAAAGUUUGCAAGCCGAAUUAGGAGCGACCACUUCGAAGGAGCACGAGCUUCAACAACAAGUAGAUAUCCUUGGUAUCGCACACAGUGAUAUGGUUCAACUUCUCAAUCAGCUGUUUGCGGAAGGCGAUGAACAGUGCCCCCAAGAAAAAUUACUCUCAGCCGAACUAAGAAAUUACGUGGAGCAACAUGAAUUGGCCACACGAGACAAAGAACGUUUCAGCGCCGCCGAACAUAAUAUCACAUCAGCCAUGCGAGAGAAUGCCAAAACUUUGCAAUUAUUAGCCGCAGCUGCUCAAUAUGAACCUUUCGACAUCUUUGGUGGCCCAAUGAUGGAUGCACAGCAAAUUGCGUACGUGCAAGGUGCUCAAAAUCGGAAUUUGGAGUGUCAACGACGUAUACACAUUGCGCGCCAGACCUUGCCGGAAAUUCCUGUUCCAUUGGAUACGUACAUUGACUUUAACAAUUACGUUGAUAUCAGAGUUCAAGCGCAGUACGCGUUAGGAAAGCUUGCGGUGGCUCAGCGGAAUAUGGAGAACGCUCAAAAAUGGAUCAAGCAGUAUGGAGCUUAUGCGGACGGUGCCAUUGUUCGUCUCAAGGCGGCUUUAGAAACAACGCAAGAGUCAUUGGAGAAGGAACAACGGCGAAUCGUUGAUGCUGUGUUAGGUGGCAAUUUCCAAGUGGACAACGGCGAAGCCGCUCCCGCUUAUGAACAACCUCCUCCUGUGUAUGAACCUCCCGCCCCAGAAGAAGGACAAGGAUCUGAGCCACCGCAGAAUUUGGAACUGCCUGCCACGCCAAACACCUCUGCCACAUCACCUACUCCCACGACAACUGAAGCUUCAGCAGCACCAUCUGCGACCAGCUCCCCACCGACAUACCCGACCCAUCCACCUCACGCACCGCCUACCGCCACAUCACCGGCCCCGAUGCCAGGCUCCUUUUCCCAUAAUACCAAUAAUCCAUUCCGUAACCAAAGUCAAACUUCCUAAGUAAUCACAAAUAAUCAAAACAGAUCCAGUGUUCUAAUUGACAAAAACAAAGAGGAAAACAAAAAGAUAUGCCUACUUUCUUUGCACCGGCUAUAAUGCGAAAACAGUAAUAAAAUCAGCCAUCGUGCACAUGUGUAAGCGAGAGCAACUGCUGGGUAUGGUCGACUGAGUUUGGUUCAUGAUGGAAACUCCGAGAAACAAUCUCACCCAAC